AUGGACAUCAUCGUCGGGCUGGACGCCGCCGUCAAGGACGGCGUCGACGUACUGUCCUCCUCCAUCGGCGCCUACUCGGGCAUGCAGUUCAACUACGACCCCAUCGCCAUCGCCGCGUUCAAGGCCAUGGAGCGCGGCAUCUUCGUCAGCUGCGUCGCGGGCAACGCGGGGCCGGACCCCGGCACGGUCGGCAACGGCGCGCCAUGGAUGCUCACCGUCGCCGCGAGCAGCAUGGACCGCGCGAUACAGACCAAUGUGAAGCUCGGCGACGGCGAGGAGUUCCACGGAGAGUCCCUGUUCCAGCCCAGGAACAACUCCGCCGCGGACCCGCUCCCGCUGGUGUACCCUGGCGCGGACGGCUUCGACGCCAGCCGCGACUGCAGCGUGCUGCGCGGCGCUGAGGUGACCGGCAAGGUGGUGCUCUGCGAGAGCAGGGGCCUAAGCGGCCGCAUCGAGGCCGGCCAGAUCGUGGCGGCGUACGGCGGCGUGGGCAUGAUCGUGAUGAACAAGGCGGCGGAGGGGUACACCACCUUCGCCGACGCGCACGUCCUCCCGGUGUCGCACGUCAGCUACGAAGCCGGGGCCAAGAUCAUGGCCUACCUCAACUCCACGGCCAACGGGACGGCUAGCAUCGACUUCAAGGGGACGAUCAUCGGCUCGUACCCGUCGCCGACGGUCACCUUCUCGUCCCGUGGGCCGAGCAAGGCGAGCCUGGGCAUCCUAAAGCCGGACAUCACGGGCCCCGGCAUGAACAUCCUCACGGCGUGGGCGCCGAGCGACUCGCACACGGAGUUCUCCGACGGCGGGGCCGACCUCUCCUUCUUCGUCGAGUCCGGGACGUCCACGUCGACGCCGCACUUGAGCGGCAUCGCGGCGCUCCUCAAGACCUUGCACCCAGACUGGUCACCGGCCGCGAUCAAGUUGGCGAUCAGACGGGAGUUAUUGCUUAGGACCCACGCGUCAUACACACAUGCAUGGGAAGGGAGAGAGAGAAGCUAG